AUGGAAAACUGGGCUACCAACACCGGUACGGGGACCACGGUGGGGGCUGAUGGGGCCUUCGAAAGGUUCCUCACAGCCGCUAUAGCUACUAUUAUUACCAUCAUGUUUUCAUGGAGACUUUUAGUUGAAAACGCCGAGGAAAACGGCGAUGUAAACACGGCAUAUCAGAUUCGUCAACAAAUGCUUGCUAUGCAGUGUGCAGCGGGCGGUGACCCGUCCGGUGACCCGGAACAGCAAGAUGACAGCCACGGUAAUAGACAUCAGGGACCCCAUGACGAACCCAUACCUGUCAGUCAUCAAAAACCACAUCUGACCCCGGGUCACGAUGUAAUGGAAUGUAAACACGAAAGUCAGGUGCAUUCUUCAACGUUAACUUCCAGAACACCCGUACAAAGUAGGCCUCCGAUGGACGAUGACAGUCGGACAACACAGUCGGCUGACCCCCGUGGGGAAGAGGUGAAUGACCCAGAGGAGGAGGAGGAGGACCAAUCUGCAUGGGGAUUCAGUAACUGGGAGGAGGAUACGUACUGGAAUAUAAAUACAAGGAGAAAACCAAGAGACUUCAUGACAUCACAGGUCAGAACUAAGUCUGAAUCCUCGGACCAAAGUUAUACAGCGGGCUCGGAUAGUAGUGACCCUGAGGGAGGGGGACCCGCCCCGGUGUCCGAGGGCGAGGAUGACAUGUACGUGAACCGGGAGUAUCGUAGUAUAGUUGAUAAUGAUGGAUACACUAAUAUGGUGGAUGACAAAAGUAGUGACAGCGAAAGCAGUGAUAGUGAGGAGGGAGACUACGAGCCCCCUAUCAUUGAUUCUGACGAGGAGGCUAAUUAUUCUAAUUCUCUGGAACCCAUUAUAGAGGAAGACUCAGAUGAUAUGUGUACAAGUGAGGAUGAAACGUUUGAUGAAAAAGACGAUGAAGGUAAGAGAAACAAUAUAGAUCCAUUUAUCGAACAAGUUUCGUAUGACCAAACAUUUCAAUGUGAUAUUCCACGUGGUAAGGCAGGCGAGGGCAAUACAAGUAUUAACUGUGAUGAUAAAGAUAAGAUUCGGACAGGGACUGUCGAAACAGGAACGGAUGUAGACUCGCCUGUAUGUGUCACAAACGCGGAGUCGAACAGGCGUGACCCAUCAUCUCCUGCGGAUAUACCUGUCGUACCUGUAGCAGACGACACCGACUCGGACCACGUGGCUUUGUUUACAUCUCGGCAUGAAGGCUCGGGGCCCGCUAUUGUUAAUGUGAUUGAAGGGGAGAGGUCACGGUUUGGUGACACAGAACAUUGUAUGAAUGAAAGCCACAUUCCAACGCCCGACAGUAAUAAAUAUUACAGUACUGACUUAGAUUUUAAACCACCAACAGACAACAGUAGUAGCAUUCCCGAAUCGCCUGUCCGAACGUGUGCGGUGGAGGAUGUAUUUGAUGGCUAUAUAUCUGACGAGUCCUGUAGUAGUGCUUCUGUUGUAACUGUCGUUAGUAUAGAUGUUGAGGACGAUGAAGACGACAGUAUCAAUCAAAACAGGGCGAGGGAUCGUACUGGAUCUGGAGCUCGCGGGGAGACACGUGGUUAUCAACAUCAACAUUCAUUAAGGAACUUCAGUGACGAGGAGGACAACGCAUCAGAUUCAAAUUCCGAGGAAUGUAUUGACGGAGAUGAAAAGGGUGUUGAGAAAAGUGAUUCCGUGAUACACAUACCCCAGUUGGUGGAGUCAGAAUGGGUAGAUAUCGAGACAAAUAACAAUUGUGAGCCGACUGUGGGUUUGAAGGGAGACGGCAUUGAUAUAGACUUAACAGACGGGAACAAUACACAAACAACAUCAGAAUUCACUUAUAGUGAUUUUAUUACGGAUAUUAAAGCAAAAAAUGAUGAAAUACUAUCCCAUCCAGGUGAAGUAGACAAACCCCCGAACCCGACACUAACUUCAGGCAACACACAAGCACCUGUUACAGACGGAGAAACAGACCGGGACAACAGUGAUACUUCAGAAAAGGACGGUCGGGAUAACACUUUUUCUGACGACGAAAUGUUCGCUUUGUCACAACUUGCCAGCAUACCCGAGGAGGGGGAGGAUAAUGUUUGGGGAAAUGAGGAUAUCGAGACCAAUGCAACUGUCAAAAUAACUCCGAUGGAACCAGAGUGUGUUAGGCAACUGGAGAGUGUCACCACCGACAUCCCUGAGAGGUGUAGUGUUAGUGUUAUCAAUUAUCAAAAUGUCGAUGACGAGGGAGAUGAUGUUACUGGUUCGUCAGGUCCAGAUGAUAAUUCAGAUACUGUGCCACGUUUUCAAGACAUUUCAACAAAUAUACAAGACUAUGUCAACAGUUCUGAUGAUGACGUAGAACCGCGCGAGUAUAAUCCGUAUGAUGACGAUUUUGCCGAGUUCCAUCCAGAUUCUGACGAGGAUUCUUUCUUUCUUGUGAUGGGCGAUCAAAGUCAUCUUCGGAAACUGGACACAGUAACUAACCUAGACGCGCUCGGUCUGAACGCGUCUGCCGAUGGUUAUGACGUCCAGACAGGCGAGGAUGGUAAGUCUGUGGUUUUUACGAAGACCGAAGAGGUGUUCACGGAUCAUCAUGUGAGGUAUUUUACAGAGGACAGGUCUCCGGACACACCGGAAACUUGCUCACACAACACGAUACUGGAGCAAGACGAAACUGCUCCGAAUGAGCACGUGACCGAUAGAAAUAUUCCAAACGGAGAUGUGGAAACGGAUGUGCCAUGUGUCAUGAAUGGUUUGAACGGUGAACAUGGAAACAGACGACAUGUUUCCGAGGAGGAUUUAUCGAAUACAGAUUCUGCACCAGUUGCUAUUGAUCUGUCGGUGUGUAGUAGAUCAGGUAAUUUGAUAACAGAUCUAGAAGGCAAUACUCAUUUCAACAAAGGCUCAGAAAAUGAAUUAUUGUUUGAAAAUAACCAACUCGAGCAGUUCAGGGAUAUGAGCACGAGUUUAGAGAAUACGCGCGACACGUCGGAUAAUGAUCGCACGAGUGAUUCACAUUCUGACCUCAGCUCCGCUGAUAUGACGGGAAGUGGUGAUGUACACAUCCGUAGUCUGCAAGAAUAUGUGAAAGAACAAAGUUCGCGAGAAAGUUUGAACGAAGCGUUGCAAAUUGAUGAGGAACAAGACUCUGGAAUACAGUGCAAUAGUUUUUCACCCAAUCAGAUUGGAUUGUCUCCUGAUAACGGACAGUUCAGCAUACAAACAAAAGCCAAUUCUCAAGGGAUAAAAUCUCAGAAUGCUAGUGAAAGCUGUGAAGAUGUCUCUAAUGUCGAGCUGUUCAUUAGUGAGAGUGAUUUGGAUAUCGACCUAACGGAACAUGACCAUCGUCCAAAAGAGACGAUGAUCGAUGAUAUACCAAGGUCAAAUCGUCAUAAAGAGACUGUUAUCGAUGAUAUGUUAUCAUCCACUCGUCCCAAGGAGACUGUUAUCGAUGAUAUGUUAUCAUCCACUCGUCCCAAGGAGACGAUAAUCGAUGAUAUAUCACCGUCAAAGCUUCAUAAAGAGACUAUUAUCGAUGAUAUGUUAUCAUCCACUCGUCCCAAGGAGACGAUAAUCGACGAUAUAUCACCGUCAAAGCUUCAUAAAGAGACUGUUAUCGAUGAUAUGUUAUCAUCUACUCGUCCUAAGGAGACGAUAAUAGAUGAUAUAUCACCGUCAAAGCUUCAUAAAGAGACUGUUAUCGAUGAUAUGUUAUCAUCCACUCGUCCCAAGGAGACGAUAAUCGACGAUAUAUCACCGUCAAAGCUUCAUAAAGAGACUGUUAUCGAUGAUAUGUUAUCAUCCACUCGUCCCAAGGAGACGAUAAUCGACGAUAUAUCACCGUCAAAGCUUCAUAAAGAGACUAUUAUCGAUGAUAUGUUAUCAUCCACUCGUCCCAAGGAGACGAUAAUCGACGAUAUAUCACUUUCAAACCAUCGAGAGUUGGCUGUCGUCGACAAUAAACCACAAUCAAAUCAUCAGAAAGAGACUGCUAUCGAUGAGGUUUCAUCGCCACAUCGUUGUACUAAUGAUAAUGUAUCGUCAAGGGAAACUGUCAUUGGGGGUGUGUCGCGUUCAAGGGAAACUGUCAUUGGGGAUGUGUCGCGUUCAAGGGAAACAGACCUAGACGACUUUCCUUUAUCACGUAAUUAUGAUAGUUUGCGUACAGACUCCGAGACAUUACCAAGAACAGCCUCAAAACAGCCUCCAGUAAAUCACGACGAUGGGACUGACGUAGAUGACAUAACUUCGAAGGCGUCUGAGGUAAACCUACCUCGAACGGCCGUUGAGGUCAUGUCUAGGUCACUGCCGGUUCCAAAUAAUAGUGAACGCGAGACAACUGUUGAUGACUCUGUGAGAUCAGACGUGAUGAACUCCAGUACAAUAGAUGUCCUCGAGAGCGCGAUAAUCCCGUGCAUAGAACAGUACACCAAAUCAGUGAAUCAUCCUACUAAACUCAAACCGGAAGGCGAACGUGAGCUGUCUCCAACGGAAACUGCAAGAGAACCAGAAAAAGCAGCAGAUUCUAAUACCUCCAACGAAUUCAAAGACAUUGCAGUUGUGCCCAGAUUUGGAUGGGUCGUUCGGACGUCGGUUGUUAAUCCUUCUGGACUAACGGGAAUUAAAGCAAAAAUCAACAAACAGCAAGAACGUACGCGCAUGCGCACACCUGAACAUUACCAAUCAGUGCUCACUGAGCCUAUUGUGAUAAAUCCUAGUCCACCUAUCGUGCGUACGCCCGAGCAAAAACCAUUACCAUUUAUACGCCAAAAGAUCAUAUCCUCUCGACAUCGCUUUCUCAGUGCUGAUAACCUGACUGACAACAUGAGCGCGCAGUUCGACCACUACAAGUCGUCUGUGUCUAAGACUCCGACUAGACAACGUAUUUAUACGCGUCGGGAGACAACACCAGCUCAAAAAACUCGGCGCAUUCUAAGCUUUGAGCGUGUAGAUACCGCCGGCGGUUUGUAUUCCUCGCGGUACAAUAGUGACGAUUCUUUCGAGAAACCUCCACUAGAUAAACUACAUAAAGACUGUAUUUUUUCAGCUCAUAAACACAAAGAACUAGUGGAUACAACACGAUCAAUAGAACAGUUACACGAACCCCUACUUAGCUAUGGUUCUGUCUCAUCAUUAGUGGAAACUGAUAUAGAUUCUGGUGAAACGUUUGAAACAUUCUUUCUUCGUGAAACUGACGUUGACAUGUUUGGCUUUCAGCACAUACCUUUACAAAGAACGGCAAGUAUGAGUGAUAUGAUGACGUCAAGACAGCUGGAAGAACAAAAGGCAAGGAAGGGUCGUUUCGCCGACCGAAAUAUGCCAAAGUCCAAAAGUCUAAUGGCAUUGGAAACGAACAUUGACGAGGAAGUUGAGGGAGACGGGAGCCUCAAAAGGGUGCCGUCCAUACACGAACUUCGUGUGGCUAAAUCUCUUCAGAAACUGAAUGUCCCAGAUUGGUAUAAAAAAUCUAGCGUCUCGCGGAGUGGAAGCACUUACAGUCUUUUAUCUGAACGUCGUGAUUCAACGUCAACUCUUGACUCAAUAGGAUAUGCAAUGUCCACGACGUCAUGUCCUUGCCCCUCUAUUAGUCCCACCUCCGGUGCUGUCGUAAUAAAGACCAGAGUAACACCCUCUAGUGCACAUAGGUUUCUCCGCGCGCCUAAGCUGCCCGUUACGCCAGAAAAAUCCCCAUUACCUCCCAUGAAUUUCCGGUUACCUAGUGACAAAUUAAGAAACAAAGAUAAAUCUAAAGAACUCAUGCCGAUACCGGUCGUGCCUUUCUCACAACUAAGACUCAUGUUUGAAACAGGUAAAAAAGCAUCCCCUGUUAAAAAAUCCUCUAGUACAAAAUCUGAUAAAGCAUCUCCUCUUCCGUCACCCGAUGUUCCAGAGGGACCUGCUACGUCACCAGUGACGUCAUCAGCUCCACCGCCAAUACUCAAGGUGACACAAGCGGACCAGCCGCCAACGAAUGGUACCACAAAUGGUAGGGAAGAAGAAACCAGAGUGAAAAAUGGGCGGGUAAGAAUUAGUGAACCUGAGGUUACAAAUAUUAAACCGGUUCCUUCAGAAAAGCCAGCAUCUUUGUCUAAAAAGGAAUCCAACCAAGAAAAGCCAACUACGCCGACGAAGAAGGGAUUUUUCUCACAUUUUAAGAAACAGAAAAGUUCUUCCACAAAGUCGGCGCCUGUAGCACCACCUGUGGAGCAGGAGAAGCUCAAGCCGUCCAUUAAACCGCCAGUUCCCGCGAAACCCGUUAAGAGCAGGAAAGACGAAGUAAACAGUUCAUCUGUCGAGACUACAGUGUAACCGUGCAGAGGGAACAGAAAUGAAAUCUUCAAUGUUGCCAAUGAAACGGUGCUUUGUGUGAGCAUAUGCUGAGAUGUGGCUGCACGUUACAGUGGCUGCUUGCGAAUCAAAAACAAGGCGAAGAUCAAUGUCACAGCGAUGCUUUUCAGACGUAGUAUUCAAAACAAGCAAGUGUUCUUUCCACAACGAUUAAUCUGGGCGGAGAGGAUACUCUUGUAUUUUACGAGAGAUGUCAAUAUAUUAUGUGCUAUAAGAACUGCAUUUGUGCUUUUGGAAUUACGUCAACAUUGUGACAAUCUUAAUCACGAAAAUAUAUUUGUAAUGGAACUGAAAUACCCAAGUGAACCGGAGGAAUAUUGCUAUGCAUCAUUUCGAAUACGUAUUAGUGGUGUUAAAUGACGUCAUACGGAAUGGAAUAUAGAUGCCCAGGUUUCAUAACAAAGUGAAAGUGAUGGUCAGUUUUAAGAAAAUGCUUUCUUUAUUCUGGAAUUAAGAUUUGGAAGUUAAGAACAGUUGUGGUACUGUUUGUUAUUCCGCAGCUUGGUAACUUGGAUGUGUGGUUUUAGAUGGACACAGCAGUCGGUAAGACUUGUAUAUUACUAACUGUCGUCUGUGUUGUACGGUGGAAUGCUUCCUUGUACAACUUUUGUCUAAGUAGGCUUGAAUUUCCCGCUCUCAUCUGCCAUGGCUGACAUCCUUACGUCAUUAUCAAGAUGAUUUCCAUAAAAUCGUCUUUUCCUCCUGGUAGUUAGGUAUAAAUACGCCGAUUUUGAGGCGAAAGUGACGCAAUGGUCUACAUAUUUUAAUGUUUGUAAUAUUUAAAAAGAGCAAAUAUUUGAUUAUAUUUAUAUUUAAUAUGGACCCUUUAAAUACGAUGCAUUAUAAUAAAUUUUAGUCUGAUAAAGAAUCA